CACUGCCGGUUCCGACCUCUAGCCACAUCUUGGACGCGCGAGCUUGCGGUAGUCUUAGCUCUUCCCUUCCGCGCCACCGCCGGAGGCCGAUCCCAGGUCCCAGGCCCGGGAGGCCGCAGGUGACCGUGGAGGCAGCCCGGCCGUGAGGAUGGCCCCCCGCAGCCCCCAGGCCCCCGUGACGUUCCGGGACGUGGCCGUGGACUUCACCGCCGAGGAGUGGCGCCGCCUGGGCCCGGCGCAGAAGGAGCUGUACCGGGAGGUGAUGCUGGAGAACUACCGCAGCCUGGUGUGCCUGGGACUCGUGGCGUCCCGCCCCGCCGUCAUCGGGCAGCUGCUGCGAGGCGAGGCUCCGUGGAUGGCGGCCCCAGAGCUCCGCGCAGCCAGCGGCCCGGAUGAAGACACUAGGUCUGAAACCAAUGAGUCAGUUCCAAAGUUGGAUCUUUCUAUGGAAGAAGCAUCUUGUGAAGGCCUCCCAAAGGAUGGGCCUUGUAUCUCCAGAUUCAGAAAAGCUGGAGCAUAUACUGCAAGGUUAGAGGGUCAGCAUGACAAUAAGGAACGGAGUCUUCAUAAACAUGAUACCCACAGAAAGAACUUAAGGCUCCAGCCAGGCCGAAGAAGGUAUCAUCGAAUCUGUCUGAAGAAGAUAUUUUCCAAGUUUAAUGAAUGUGGGAAACCCUUUGAUUAUAAUUCAGGGCUUAUUGACUAUCAACUAAUUCAUGCUGCAGAAAAGCCUUUUGAAUGUAAUGAAUGUGGCAAAGGCUUCCGCUGGAGCACAGAACUUACUGUCCACCAGAGAAUUCACACCGGAGAAAAACCUUACGAAUGUAAUGACUGUGGGAAGGCCUUCCGCCAGAGUUCCCAACUUACUAUCCAUAAGAGAAUUCAUACUGGAGAGAAACCUUAUGAAUGCCAUGAAUGUGGGAAGGCCUUCCACCAGAGUGCGGGACUUACACAGCAUCAGGCAAUUCAUUCUGGAGAGAAACCUUUUGAAUGUAAUGAAUGUGGGAAAACCUUCCGCCGUAGCUCACAGCUUACAGGACAUCAGAGAAUUCAUACUGGAGAGAAACCUUAUAAAUGUAGUGAAUGUGGAAAAGAUUUCCGCCAGAGCUCCCAACUUACUAUCCAUAAGAGAAUUCAUACUGGAGAGAAACCUUAUGAAUGUCAUGGAUGUGGAAAGGCCUUCCACCAGAGUGCGGGACUUAUGCAACAUCAGAAAAUUCAUACUGGAGAGAAACCUUAUGAGUGUCAUGAGUGCGGGAAAGCCUUCCAUCAGAGCUCCCAGCUUACUGUACAUCAGAGAAUUCAUACUGGAGAGAAACCUUAUGUUUGUAAAGAAUGUGGGAAGGCCUUCCACUGGAGUUCACGGCUCACACAACACCAGAGAAUCCAUACUGGAGAGAAACCUUAUGAAUGUAAUGACUGUGGAAAAGCUUUCCGCCAGAGCUCACAACUCCUUGUACAUCAGAGAAUCCACACAGGAGAGAAACCUUAUGAAUGUAAAGAAUGUGGGAAGGCCUUUCACCGAAGCACAGGGCUUACUCAACAUCAGAGAAGUCACACCGGAGAGAAACCUUAUGAAUGUAAUGAAUGUGGGAAGACGUUCCUGCAGAAGUCUUGGCUUACUGUCCAUCAGAGAAUUCACACUGGAGAGAAACCUUAUGGAUGUAAGGAAUGUGGAAAGGCCUUCCGCCGGAGCUCACAGCUGACUCAACAUCAGAUCAUUCAUACCAGAGAAAAACCUUAUGAAUGUCAUGAAUGUGGGAAGACUUUCCACCAGACCUCUCAGCUUAUUCGACAUCAGAUAAUUCAUACCGGAGAGAAACCUUAUAUUUGUAAUCAAUGUGGCAAGGCCUUCCAACAGAGUAAACACCUUACUCGACAUGAGAUAAUUCAUACUGGAGAGAAACCCUAUGAAUGCAGUGAAUGCGGGAAGGCCUUCCGCCGGAGCAUAGAACUUACUCGACAUCAAACAAUUCAUAGUGGAGGGAAACCUUUUGAAUGUACUGAGUGUGGGAAGGCCUUCCGCCUGAGAACAAGGCUUACUGAACAUGUGAGAAUUCACACUGAAGAGAAGCCUUAUGAAUGUAACGAGUGUGGGAAGGCCUUCCGUCAGAGCGCAGGACUUAUACAGCAUCAGAGAAUUCACACUGGAGAGAAGCCUUAUGGAUGCAGCGUGUGUGGGAAGACUUUCCGCCAGAGCUCACAGCUUAUUCGACAUCAGAGAACUCAUGCUGGAGAGAGACCUCAUGAAUGCAACAUCUGUGAAAAUGCCCUCUGCCUGAGUAAACACCUCACCCAGCAGUACCCUACACAAGCUGGAGAGAAGCCGUAGGAAGGGGGAACCCUAUGAAUGUAAUAAACAUGAGGAUUUCAGCCAGACCAGAGAACUUAUACCAAAGGAAAUCUUAGAGUUGAAGCAAGUCAGUGUCUCCUGUCCCCUAGUGAAUAUUCCAGACCAUUUCCUUUCUUGAGCCUCAAGCCUCCCAUCUUCCCUAGUGUCUCCUCUUACAGCAGAUGACUUUGCCCCAUUUCCCCCCAAAAUUAAAUCUAUCUAAAUUGAGCUGAUUUCUUCAAUUUCACAUUUACACAGUUCUUAGUAAUAUCAAUUGCUUUCUCUUACUCCUUUUAGUGACCAAAAAAAAAAAAAUCAUGGGCUCAUCUAAGUAGAAGCAUGGCUGACUGGGCCCAAUGUGGUCCAGUCUUUAUUCUCAGAAGAACCUUAGCUAGAGCAUAUAAAACAAAAUGAAAAUGCUUUCCCCGUUAGAGUCUCAAUGCUAAUGUCCAAAAGUCUAUCUUCUACCUGGAUAAGAACACCUUCUACAAUAAUCUCACCAAGUGGUCAUUCGUGCUUUGCUGGAAGAGCCCUUGAGGGGGUGGGGACCAUUUUCUCUUGAUGCACUCCAUUCCUGAACAGCCUCCUCCUGUUACUCUGGUUUCUGACCUGACCCAUAGGGCUGAGCAGAAAAAAGGCCCUGACUAGAUGUACCGUGUCCCCCUAUUGCACAAACACGUGAAGCUAUUGCUCAUACUCCCCAAUUCCCCGAGCCCAGGAUCCGGUGACCAGACUGCUGUCCCCUGCAUGCUCUCCAGCUUGUCAGUAUCCUCACACUGAUUCCCCAUCACCCAAGCUGGACAGUGUCCUCCAGAUGGGUUCCAAGAGGGGCUAAGUCCAGCCCCAGGCUAUCCCCAGAUGCCUCCUCUAAUAUGCCCACUAGUCAAAUGAGCGAAACAACCUUGAUCCUGUCCUACACCAACCCGGCUCUCCAUCCCCCAAAGCCUACUGACAGCGUUUCUACUUUGUGAUGCGGAAACCAGGGCUUGGAGAUUGUGACUUCCCUGGUGUGUCUCCAAGCCUUGCAAUCUUCUUUCUGUCCCAUCUGCUUUGAUCUCCCAGAGCUCGCUGAGGAGCCUCCUCCUCGAUCAAGCCAAGUCUUUCUCUGCCUUUAGCAGCUACCCAACAGUGACGAUCGCCGUCUUCUUUUCACUAAUCUCUUCUCAUCAAGGAGAGCCUCUUUGCUGCCCCAAGAGCACGGCUUGUAUAAUCCUUUCCAGCAGACCUGCAGGGUAGGGGAGACGUGGAGGAUGUGCUUGUGACCCAGUAGCUAGUCAGAGCUAGUGUGGAUUCGCCCCUCGCUCUCCGUCCUGCUGGCCUUCUUCCUUUAUCGUGUAUCCCCUUCUUUGUCUUCUUUGCCAGCUCCCAGGGAGAAAGCUGGUUGCUCUCCCCGAGCCCACCUUGGCUCUCGUUUCUUUUUCGAGUGGAAAUCUCAAGGCUCUCCGUGGACAUUUGUGGCCCGUUGGCUUCAGGAGAGCAGGGGCCAAGUCCCCCCUUUCUGCCCCUUUACUAGCUGUGACCUUGGGCAAGUCACCGUCGGGGCUUGUUUUGUCACCUGUGAAACGGGAACGGGGUGGAGCAGAAGCUUUCGGAGGCCUUGCGUGCUGCUAGCUUGAUAGUCCUCAGUAUCCCUCCAAACGGGGCCUGAUCUUGGAGUGUGUCGUUUCUGCGAUUCUUCCCGCUCGUCGCCUCUGGGGUGCUUGGAAGGCUGGUACGUGGAAGUGCUGGCGGGCCUGUUGUUCGGCCCAAUUCCCGGCGUGCCUUUGUCGGGUCCCUGGCAGUGCCGGACCCCCCCGUCCCCCGCCUCCAGGAAGGCCACGUCCUGUUGUUGGCCUGCCUCGGAGGGGGGAGACGGGGGGGUGGGGCUGCAGAGGCCGCUUCGGCUUCUAAAUUCGAGCUGGCCUAAAGCGGGCCGCGGAGAGGAUUCCCGAUGAGGGGCAGAGAGGCCUCCCAGGCCCCUUCGCCCUGUGGAGGCAGAUGCAGAAGGCCACUGCCCCGGGGAAGCAGGUUAGGGGCUCCUGGGGGGAGGCCCUUGGGCCGAGCCUUGGGGGGAGGACACAGGUCUGGGCACCCGCUGGGGAGGCUGCACGAGAAGGGCCGGUGGUGGCGGGCGGCCCUGACGAGAAUGACUGGAAGGCCAUGGAGAGAAGGAGGCAGGCGUGGAAGAAGAGCUCCACGCGGCAGAGGGCCAGGGGGAAGCAGGAGGUGCGGGAGAAAGAGGGCGGCAGGCCCGAGAGCACUUGGCAGGGCCUUCGCUGAGCGGGAACGCUGCGGCUGGAGGCCGCCCAGCCAGACGGCUUUGGCAGAGUUCCCCAGGAUGCCUCCCGUGUCACCAUUCGCACUCGGGGCCCCCCGAUCCUUGGUCCCCGAGGAGCCAGCAGCAGCCAGCACCGGGACGCGGUAAUGGACUGCCCUGAAUACUUCUGUGAGGCAGCAGCCACGGAAGGAGCAUCCGGCUUCCUGGCUGUGCGCUGCUUCUCCCCUUCCCUCGUACAGCGGCGAGCCCUGGCACACCUGCAGUCUUUCCCAAGCCUCGCCCCACGCCGCGCCGGCUUCGGGGAGGGGAGGAGAGCCUGGAGGGCUGCAGGGAAGAGACAGACGGGCUCGCUCUGGGAAAACCUUGCCAACAAGGCGCGGCGGCCUCACGGGGGCCCUCGCCGACUCCCUCCCCCGAGCAGCCCAGCAGCGCCUCCAGGUUUCCGUCCUUCCCAUCGGCCGUUGCUCACCCUCCGCGGAGAGCCUCGGCGCACGCUUUACCGAAAGCAGCAGCGGAAAGCAGGCCGUCGGCGCGUCCGGCCCGUCUCCUCCACCCUGGCUUCACGGGGACUCUUCUUGCUGGGCCCGUCCUUGCGCCCAGCCCUUCCUGGCUGGCCUCCCAGCGCCCCCGGCUCGGCCAUUUCUAGCCCGCUCUCCUGGCUGCUCCUUCGCAGGCGUCCCCGUCCCUCCGCCACCAGACGAAGGCCGUCCGCAGCAGGCUGCCUCACUCUUGCUGCCUUGGGCCAAACUGCUCGCGCUUUCUCAGCCUCCAUCCUUGACUUCUCUGCCGCCUCGGACCCUGGCGGGGGCCCUUCCCGGCUCUCGCUGACGCUGUCCUUUCUUGGCUCUGGUCGGCGUCCUGGCCCCGUCCUGAGCCCUCUCCUCCCUGGACGCCGGCGACCCCCAGACCUGCGUGGGCAGGCCUGACCUCCAGCGUCCCAUCUCCAGCCGCCGCCGGGACGUCUCAUGGCCGUGGGGGUCACAGCAGUCCUUCCAGGGGCCCAGGCUCCGCUCCAGGCACUGCCUCCCGCUUCUCCGGGUUACCGAAGCCCGUCGUGUCCGGCUCUGGCCGCCCCCACCUGGCACAGCGGACUGUUGGAAUGGCCGUGGGCCGCUCUGCCGCCACUGCCGUCCACCCUCCAUUCAGGGCCCCCCUGCCGCCUCCAAGCUCAAGGACAGAAUCCUCCGGAGCCGUCCUCUCCUGCGCGUCCUUCCUGGCCCCGGACGCUCCGCCUCCGCAUGGCUGCCUCUGUGCCCGGAAUUGUCCCUCUGCGUCUCUGCCUCCUUCCCACAAGCCCCAGCCAAACCACCCCUCUAAGAGAAGCAUUUCCCCAUUGCUGCCUCCCUAUGCUUGGGGUUCUCUCUGCUGUCCCAAGUUCCAAUCCAGCCUCGGGCCCCCAGGCAGGUCAUUGACCCCCUUGGCCUCAGGUCCUUUCUGUGAAAUGAGCCGGAGAAGAAAAUGGCCCAAACCUUGUGUGGCCCACCGAGUCGCGAAGAGCCGGAUGCGAGGGCCGUGACUGAGGGAGAUCAACAGGCCUGUCUGUAGCCUGCUUGUACAUAGACGUCUGCAUGCUUCCCUGUUAGCCUGGGAGCUCCUCGAGGGCAGGCGCCGGGGCUGCCCUCGUGUCCCCCAGCUUAAUAAACACGUCUUGGCUGGCCUGA